CUUGGAGAACACAUAAGAAUUCGAUUAUUUUUCAUUUGCGUUUCCUCGCAGAUCGGUUUGUGAUUAAUUUGAACAUUUCGAUCUUGGCGCGAGUUUCUAGAUCAUCUCUUAAAACCCUAGGCUCGAUCGAGCAUUUCUCGCUAACUUCGGAUUGAUUGUUGACGACUUGACACCUGACAGAUUCGUCGGUUCCGGCUUCUCUAGGACUUGCGGUUAUCUUCUUUACUGGUUUUAGUUGUAAAGAUCGUUGGUGAGAUUUGGUUUCUUGUCUCUAGCUUUCGAAGAUCGAGAGAAAUUUGCGAUGAAUAGCAGAGGACGGUAUCCAUCUGGGGUUGAAGCGGGACGUGGAACAGCGUCUCGGUCGAGAGGUCAGCGGCAGCAGCCUCAACAGUACGCUCAGCGAGGGUACGCACAGGUGCCCCAACAGCAGCGGCAGUGGACCAGAGUCGCUCGGCUUCCUGGAAACGCCAGCGAAGUUGAUGUUGACAAUGUCGAGAAGACGGUUCAUUCCGACGACAGUGAUACUACUAGCCAGGACUUAAGGCCGCCACCUCCAGAUACUCGUCAUAGGACAGAGGACGUGACAACCACCAAGGGAAAUGACUUUGAAGAUUACUUUUUGAAAAGAGAGUUGCUCAUGGGAAUAUAUGAGAAAGGUUUUCAAAAGCCGUCUCCUGUACAGGAAGAAAGCAUUCCAAUUGCCUUGACCGGCAGCGAUAUUCUUGCUAGAUCCAAAAAUGGGACAGGAAAGACUGCUGCAUUUUGCAUUCCGGCCCUCGAGAAAAUUGAUCCUGAUAACAAUGUCAUCCAAGCUGUGAUCCUGGUCCCGACCCGCGAGUUGGCCCUUCAGACAUCACAGGUUUGCAAGGAGCUUGGCAAGCAUUUGAAGAUACAGGUUAUGGUCACCACUGGCGGUACCAGUUUGAGAGAUGAUAUCAUGCGAUUAUAUCAAACUGUUCAUCUGCUUGUUGCAACUCCUGGAAGAAUCUUAGAUCUGGCUAAAAAGGGCGUUUGCGCCUUGGAAGAUUGUGCAAUGUUUGUACUGGAUGAGGCCGACAAGCUUUUGUCUGCAGAGAUUCAACCUUCAAUAGAGCAAUUGAUACAGUUCCUGCCAGAAAAUCGCCAGAUUCUGUUGUUUUCAGCUACAUUCCCUCUGACCAUGAAGGACUUUACGAAGAGAUAUCUGCGGAAGCCCUACGUUAUUAAUCUCAUGAAUGAACUCCCACUAAAGGGUGUCACGCAAUAUUAUGCUUAUGUUGAAGAAAGGCAGAAGGUGCACUGCCUAUGCACUCUUUUCUCUAAGCUGCAAAUAAAUCAAUCAAUCGUCUUUUGCAACUCUGUCGCUCGGGUGGAGCUGUUGGCCAAGAAAAUCACAGAACUAGGCUAUUCAUGUUUCUAUAUUCACUCAAAUAUGCUUCAAGACCAUCGGAACAGGGUGUUCCAUGAUUUCCGCAAUGGUGCAUGCAGAAAUCUUGUCUGCACUGAUCUGUGUACGCGUGGAAUCGAUAUCCAAUCUGUGAAUGUGGUUAUUAACUUUGAUUUUCCGAAGAGCACAGAAACGUAUCUGCACAGGAUAGGUAGAUCAGGAAGGUUUGGACACCUGGGGCUUGCGGUGAAUUUGAUAACAUCCAAGGACCGAUUCAAGUUGUAUAGGACGGAGCAAGAACUUGGAGCAGAGAUCAAGCCAAUUCCUGUUAGUAUUGAUCAGGCAAUCUAUUGCCGGUAACUUCGGAGCCUCUGCCUUACUCUCCAUACAACAGAGGUGUUUGAGGAAUUGGCUAACCACACAGAAGGUCGAUCUCUACACUCAGUCUCUUAGUUUUUUGUACGUGGGGUUAUUAGAUAUAGUUUGCGUCGCAGUUAUGUGACUUAGCGAUCUUCUUCCACCAAUGGGUUUUGUUUUUCUUAGGGGGAGGGUUGGUUUUCAAACUUCGUCCACCCAGAAGCUCCGUUCUUGUUGGGGCCUUUGUCUGAAUUUUGUCUUGUAGGAGAUUUGGGUUUAUUGGCCAGGCUCUGUAUAUAUUUGUAUUAGAGCUAACCCCAACCCACGUUUAUGAGA